AUGGAAGCAAAACAGAUUGUUUUCUUCUUCCUCCUCUUCACCGUUGUCAUCUCUGUCUCAUCAGAUCCCCCGCAAUACCAGACCUUCUUCCCCACCUCACUCCCCCAAGUAAGCCAUGAUUUAGAAACCCUCUCCUGGGACAUUCCCAAACAAUUCUCUGAUUCCCAUUCCGAAUCCGAAACCCCACCAAUCGUGGUCCGCCUGCACCACGCUGACCACCUCUCCCCAUCCUCCAACUCCACCCCUGAGUCCCUCUUCUUGAAUCGCCUCCAACGCGAUGCCGUCCGUGCCAGGACCAUUGCCUGCCGAAAACCCCAAAACUUUAGAAGCUUCAUAACCUCCGGCUUCUCAAUAGGCAGCAGCGAGUACGUCACCCUCAUCGGGGUCGGCACCCCGGCCACACAAGUCUACAUGACCAUCGACACUGGUAGUGACGUCACCUGGCUCCAGUGCCAGCCCUGCCCAUAUUGCUACCCCCAGCAAGGCCCCAUCUUCAACCCCAAAAGCUCCACCUCCUUUGCAAGUGUCCACUGCAACUCCCCACUCUGCACCCUCAUUGGCCCACUGGGAUGUAGAAACCCCCGCGACAAGUGCCAGUACAGGCUCACGCACGGGGACGAAUACACCACCUCGGGCGAGUUAUCCACCGAAACUCUGACCUUCGGAGCCACCAAAUUGCCGCAACUCCCCAUCGGCUGCGGCCAUAACAACGAGGGCUCGUUUGCCGGGGCCGGCGGUCUGCUUGGCCUCGGCCAGGGGAAACUUUCCUUCCCGGCCCAGGCCCGCAUAAACAAGUUGUCCUACUGCCUCGUGGAACCGGGGUCCAAGUCGGGGUCGUAUUUGAUCUUUGGCGAGUCGCCGGUCUCCGGUAAAACGGUUUUCAUCACGCCACUGCUCACCAAUCCCGAAAUCGACACAUAUUACUACGUCGAGUUGAUAGGGAUCUCGGUGGGCGGGACCCGGGUGCGGGGAAUCGGUCCGUCCGUCUUCAAGUUAAACAGCAACGGCUCGGGGGGCGUGAUUGUGGACUCGAGCACGUCUGUGACCCGGCUGGUCCAGCCCGCCUAUAACGCGCUGAGGGAUGCAUUCAAGGCCCAGGCUUCUCACCUGAAGCCGGCCAAGGCCGACCGCUUCUCCACCUUCGACACGUGUUACGAAAUACACACGGACGUGAACGUGCCAACAGUGGCGCUCAACUUCCGAGGCGCCGACGUGCCCCUGCAGCCGUCCAAUAUCCUGACUCCAGUGGACAACAAAGGCAGGUACUGCUUUGCGUUUGCGGAAGCGACGGACGGGCUGUCCAUAAUUGGUAAUAUUCAGCAAAAGGGCUUCCGAGACCUCGCGGCCACGUCCGUCAAUACUCCCCCAAUCAUCUUCAAUGACCGGCCACCAGACACCGCCCGCCGCCGUCGUCCUCCCUCCCUCUCCAUUGGUGGCACGAAUUCAGCUUGUUUGCUCGUCUAUAAUUCCGGCGAGAUUCAGACGGAUCUCAACUCAUCCCGCAGCUCGUACACCCUCACCAUUGUUUCCUACAACGAUUGUGCGCGCAUCGGAAGGGGCUGUUUUCUCACCGGUCAGAGCCUCGAUUGGAAAUUGACGGCGGGGUUCAGGAGUUCUGCUCACGAUGGGAAAAAUUCCAUGAAGGGACGCCGAACGUGGCCGCGCGAGGUGUUCCGGCGAUAG